GCCGCCGCCGCCGUGUCCCCGCGCCUCCAAGAUGCCCGGGCAGCGGCGGGAAGGCUCCCGCGGGCCGCCGGUACGUACGGGCACCGGGACGGGCGGGGGCACCGGGGCGGGCCGCGCCGCGCCGGGGGGGCUCCCGCGGGCCGCCGGUUCCUGACAGCUUUCCCUGGUUUUUGAUGCUGAAUCAGGAUUGUGUUAACUAAAGAUGGAAACACUGGAGUCAGAACUGACCUGCCCAAUCUGUCUGGAGUUAUUUGAGGACCCCCUUCUGCUGCCCUGUGCCCACAGCCUCUGCUUCAGCUGUGCCCACCGCAUUCUGGUGUCCAGCUGCUCCUCCAGUGAGUCCAUUGAGCCCAUCACCGCCUUCCAGUGCCCAACCUGCCGCUAUGUCAUCUCCCUCAACCACCGCGGCCUGGAGGGCCUCAAGAGGAAUGUGACCUUGCAGAACAUCAUCGACCGCUUCCAGAAGGCGUCCCUGAGCGGCCCCAACUCCCCCAGCGAGAGCCGCCGCGAGAGGACCUAUCGCAACAGCCCUACCAUGUCCGUGGCCAGUGAGAGGAUCGCCUGCCAGUUCUGCGAGCAGGAUCCGCCCCGUGACGCCAUCAAGACCUGCAUCACCUGCGAGGUGUCCUACUGUGACCGCUGCCUGCGGGCCACCCACCCCAACAAGAAGCCCUUCACCAGCCACCGGCUGGUGGAGCCCGUGCCUGACACGCACUUCCGCGGACUGACGUGCCUGGAGCAUGAGAACGAGAAGGUGAACAUGUACUGUGUUGCUGAUGACCAGCUCAUCUGUGCCUUAUGUAAACUGGUUGGCCGCCACCGGGACCACCAAGUGGCAUCGCUCAGUGAUCGCUUUGAGAAGCUGAAGCAAACCCUGGAGACAAAUCUCACCAACCUGGUUAAACGCAACAGCGAACUGGAAAACCAGAUGGCCAAGCUGAUACAGAUCUGCCAGCAAGUGGAGGUGAACACAGCCAUGCACGAGGCCAAGCUGAUGGAGGAGUGUGAUGAGCUGAUGGAGAUCAUCCGCCAGCGAAAGCAGGUCAUCGCUGUCAAGAUCAAGGAGACAAAGGUGAUGAAGCUGCGGAAGCUGGCCCAGCAGGUUGCCAACUGCCGGCAGUGCCUGGAGCGCUCCACAGUCCUCAUCAACCAGGCUGAGCACAUCCUGAAGGAGAACGACCACGCACGGUUCCUGCAGACUGCCAGGAAUGUGGCUGAGAGGGUCGCCAUGGCAACUGCAUCCUCGCAAGUCCUGAUACCAGAUAUCAAUUUUAAUGAUGCCUUUGAAAACUUUGCUUUAGAUUUUUCCAGAGAGAAGAAGCUGCUGGAGGGGCUGGAUUAUCUAACAGCACCAAACCCACCGUCAGUCCGUGAGGAGCUCUGCACGGCCUCCCAUGACACCAUCACCGUGCACUGGAUCUCCGAGGAUGAGUUCAGCGUCAGCUCCUACGAGCUCCAGUACACCAUCUUCACUGGCCAGGCCAACUUCAUCAGUCUGUACAACUCCAUGGACAGCUGGAUGAUCGUCCCCAACAUCAAGCAGAACCACUACACAGUGCACGGGCUGCAGAGUGGCACUCGCUACAUCUUCCUGGUGAAGGCCAUCAACCAGGCGGGCAGCCGGAACAGCGAGCCCGCCCGCCUCAAGACCAACAGUCAGCCAUUUAAGCUGGACCCCAAGAUGGCUCACAAGAAGCUGAAGAUCUCCAAUGACGGGCUGCAAAUGGAGAAGGACGAGAGCUCCUUGAAGAAGAGCCACACGCCGGAGAGGUUCAGCGGGACAGGCUGCUACGGCGCAGCCGGCAACGUCUUCAUCGACAGCGGCUGCCACUACUGGGAGGUGGUGGUGGGAUCCUCCACCUGGUAUGCCAUUGGCGUGGCUUACAAGUCCGCCCCCAAAAACGAGUGGAUCGGGAAGAACUCCUCUUCUUGGGUCUUCUCCCGCUGCAACAACAACUUUGUGGUGCGGCACAACAACAAGGAGAUGCUGGUGGAGGUGCACCCACAGAUGAAGCGCCUUGGUAUCCUCCUGGACUACGACAACAACGCACUCUCCUUCUACGACCCGGCCAACUCCCUCCACCUCCACACCUUUGAAGUCUCCUUCAUCCUGCCAGUGUGUCCCACCUUCACCAUCUGGAACAAAUCCCUGAUGAUCCUCUCAGGGCUGCCUGCCCCAGAUUUCAUCGAUUACCCUGAGCAGCAGGAGUGUAACUGCCGGCCCCAGGAGUCCCCGUAUGUGUCAGGAAUGAAAGCCUGUCACUAGGCUGCCCAGGCCUGCCCAUGCCCUGUGGCAGCACUGGCCAGGCCAGUGGGUGCAGGUGGCCAGAGCUGCCCGCUGGCAGCCAUGCCGGAGAGCCGCUGUGGCACCCGAGCAAUUGAGCACCAUCCACACCCAGCUCCAUCUUACUUUAAUGGAAACGUGGAAGAACCUCAAGCCACGUCUGGGAAUGAACUGCUGUUGGUGAGCUCCAGAGUGCACAAGAGUGGCUGGAGCAGCUCUUUGGCGGUGGCUUCCAUCUCUCCCCAAGAAGAUUGUCACCUGGAUGGUUCUGUCUUCCCUUGGGAGCUGGAAAGGCUAGGGCGGGCUUCAGAGUGACCUGAGGUGCCAUGGUGGUCAAGGAAUGGCUCGUGUGUACCCUGAGGGGCAGGUUGGGACAGGAGGGAUGGGCUCUGGAGCCUGCUGACAGGUGGUGUGGGGACCCAGAGCACUGAGCAGCACUUUUCAGGGAGGACUUUCCAUGUGGCUGAGGCUCGGUAGCUUCCCUGGUGGAAUGUAUAAGGCUUGGAGCCCUCAGGCUCUGUGAGCACUGGCAGUGGGUGUGUGGUGGGUGGUGGUCCCGUGGAGAGAGGGUGGUGGUCUGUGGGAGUGAAGAUGGCACUCGGGGUGUCCCCAGUGGCUGUCUGUGCUGCAGAUGGCAUGCUCCUGAUACAUAUUUGGGGUCCUGCAGUGGAGAGCCACAGACCCCCAGCCCACCAUCUCCUCCUUUGAGAGCUUCCCAGUAACUGUGGAGGCCUGCAUCCUUGAGGAGCUUUGGCCCCUGGCACAGAGAUUUGGCAGCUGCUCCUUCCUGAUGUGGGCUCUGGCCAGCAGUGCCCUGCUCCACAGAGGCCUCCCUUAGUCUCCUGUCUGGUGUCCCAGCAGCAAAAACUCAUCUUCCUGCUCUGAGCCCUCAGUAGAGUCCUGCUCAAAAACCACCUCUAUGCUCUAUGACUCAAUCUCAAUUUAUGACCUCAAAUGUUGACUUCUGUUUUUUUCUCCACUAUGCCAGGGAAUUGGACUGGGUGCAUUUUAAAGAUCCCUUCCAACCCAAACUAUUCCAUGAUUCUGUGGUGAGGUGAGUGUGGAGCCGUCCUGGUUACUCUGUGGCAAAGGACUGAGUCUGGCUCAGAGGCUCAGAGACCCUGGUUACUGGGAGCUCUUUGGCUGUCCACCAGUAUUCCCAGUAACCACAACCAUCAAGUCCCCUGGCCAAGCUCCAGUCUCCAGAUUCAUUUUAAGAGGCCAGGAGGAGCUGGGCUGGCGCUGCUUUUCAAAUCUGAUUCCUUCUGUGAGAGGGUAACCCACCUGAAAGCCAAGAGAUGGAAUCUUUUUGGACUUUAGCAGGCUUUUGACACAGUCUCUCACAGGAUCCUUCUGGACAAAAUGUCCAGCCCACAGCUGGAUAAACACAUCAUGGGGUGGGUGAGCAACUGGCUCACGGGUCAGGCACAAAGGGUGACAUCAGGCUGGCACAAGUCACUUGUGGGGUUCUGCAGGGCUCCAUCCUCAGCCCUGUGCUUUUCAACAUCUUCAUUAACAACCUGGAUGCAGGACUGGAAAGAAUAAUAAGUCAGUUUGCUGACAGCACUCAGCUGGGAUGAGCUGUCAACUCUCUGAAGGACAGGGAGGCCCUGCAGAGAGACCCAGGAAAAUUGGACAGAUGGGGAAUCACCAACUAUGUGAAGUUUAACAAGGGAAGGUCAUGGAUUCUGUGCCUGGGAUGGGGCAACCCUGAUUGUGUGUAUGAACUGGGGAACAAGAGGCUGUGGAGCAGCUGUGGAAGGGCUCUGGGGGUCCUGGUCCAUGGCCGUUUGGAUCUCAGUCAGCCAGGAGGGAAAUCCAUGUCCUGGGGGGCAUCAGGCCAAGGAGGGGAUUGUCGUGCUCUGCUCUGGGCUGAGGCAGCCUUACCCUGAGCUCUGAGGGCAGUUUUGCACACCACAAUUUAAAGGCAUGAAGCUAUUAUAGAGUGUACAGAGAAAGGCUGUGAGAACAGAGAAGGGUCUGCAGAGGUCUUGUGAGGAGUGGCUGAGGUCACUUGGUUUAUUCAGCUGGAGAGGAAGAGAAGGGAGGCCUCUGUCAUCUUCAGCUCCUCCCAAGAGGGAAUGGAGGGGCAGGUACCCAUCUCUUCAUUCUUGUGACCAGUGAUAGGACUGAAGGAAAUGGCUGGAGCUGAGCCAGGGGAGGGUUAGGCUGGAUGUCAGGAAAAGGUUUUUCUCUCAGGGUGUGGUCAGGCACUGCACAGGCUCCCGAGGGAGUGGUCAUGGCUCCAAGGCUGCCAGAGCUGAAGGAGCAUUUGAACAAAACUCCCAAACAGGGUGCGAUUUUUGGGGUGUCCCAUACAGGGCCAGGAGCUGGGCUUAAUGAUCCUGAUGGGCCCUUUUCAACUCAGCCUGUUCUGUGAUUCUGAAGCCCAGGCUGUGGGAGCAAAUAGCUGGCUUGGACAGGGCGUCUGGGGCUGAUACCAUGGGGGGCUGUGGCAGAGCUCGGUUGAAUUCAUCUGGAGCCAGUUCAGAAUUCAUCUGGUGACCCCUCCUAGAAACCUGGCCAGAGGGAUGUAUGUUGGUGAGUCUGGUGGUAGCAGCUUUGCCCAGGAAGAGUGUGGAAGGGUGCCUGUUCCCCAGUAUGCCAUCCCUCCUUGUGUCUGGGCUGUGGUUUUUGGAAAAGGGAGGUGGGCAGCCCCUUGGGAAAGGAUCUGCUGCCAGCCCUGCCAAGCUUAGAGGGGUUUCCCUCUGAUACAGGCUGCUUCCCCAUGAUGUCUGGCAGGGCAAAAUGUAGGGGAUACACCCCUCUUUCUGACUCCUCCUGAGCAGAGAAGCAGCUCUGUUUGCUUCUCCCAGCCCCGGGGUGUAGGAGCUCAGGGAGGGUGCAGUGGGGGCACGUCUGCCAUCCCCCCAGCCUUGCACAUGGCCCCAUUUCACUUUGGGAGGUUAAAUCACCCUUUUAAGCUGGAUGUUUUUCAUGGGAAGGUCUCACAGAACUCCCUUCCACAUGUGCCAGUCCCAUGGGGCUGCUCAUCUUGUGUCACCUGAGGGAUGCCAGGCCCUGGAGGUGGGUGUUGGCCCUGGCAGUGCCAAAGAUGGCGCAUCAGAGACCACAAGCCCUUAGCAUGGCAUUUGCACCUGAUGAAAUUGCACUAAUUGUGGGACCCCCUGGCCCCCACACAUGUCUCGUACUUGGCCAGGUGGGAGCUGGGGAAGCCCCACACCCCAGGCAGGGGCUGAGGGCCUUUCCCAUGCACCUGCAUUGUCCUCUUGUGAUACUGAAAGGAAAGCCCACCCAAUUGUCACCAUGAUUUGGGGAGCAGCAGCCCCAUCCCUGGGCCCUCCUCAGGACAUGGAGAGGGGCUCAGAGUGCUGCUGCUGGUUCCUCUGCUCCUGGGGACACCAGUGUACAAGUUUGGGAUGUGUGGACUCCUGGCUCCCCUCAGCCUCUCCUUCCACGUGUAACAUUCCUGCUUCCCUUUUGUUUCGGGGAGGGCUGUUCUUCCUGUUGGGUUUUUCCCUUUUUGUUCAUUUUUUUGCAACUUCUUUGUUAAUGUCUGUAUAUAUAUAUAUAUAUAAAAAAAUAUAUAAUAUAAUAUAAUAUAUAUAUAUGUUACUGGGUAUGUCUGUGUGUGGGGGAGGCCAUACAGUCAGGACAGCCCGGGGAUCUUCUUGCUGGCCAUCAGAGUGUUCCCCAAACCUGCCAAAGCAUAUGGCCAAGCAUCCCCAGGAGCAGAGGGGACUUCUUGUACCACCCAGCAGCAGCUCUCCUUGUGCUGGGCUCAGCACAGCCUGGAGAGCCCGUGGGGUGGCCAGGCACAGGGUGUGCUAAAGCUCUGUCCAAAAGUAAACAAAUACUGAGCACCCUGCUUCCCGCCCCUGGAUGAUGGCACUGAGGGUGCCAACCUGCCCUUUCCCAGUCCUGGAUGGCCACAAGGAUUCUGGACAUCUCUGAGUGCCAGCCAUGUCCUCCUGGUGCUCUCGACCCCCCAGUGCCCUGAAGGGGGUGGGGGAUGAAGCCAGUGGUGGGGCCAAGCUGGUGAUGGGGCUGAGCAUUGGAUGUGACAGCCCCCUGCACAGAGCCCCUGCCAUGCACAGGGACUGGCGGCCAGCAGGGAGGAACUCGGGGGCUCCCCCUGCCAGCCCAGCCCUGAGUGUGCUUCCCUUGGGUCUCUCAGGGGCCCCACCCGGCAGGACUGAGCCCAGGGGGUGGGGACGCCCCACUGGAUCCCAGGCUGGAGUGGGGCCACUGGGCAGAAGCUGCCCAGACGGGGCAUUGGGGGCAGCCUCAUGUCAGGGAGCACAAGCUCACAAACCACCAGAAUACAGAGCCCAUUUUUGGAGCACGAGUGCCUAAAAUAUUUAUUAAGUGGAAAACAUAUGGUGCAAACCAACACUGUGGAAUUAAAUAUUUCUUGCUUUAUGCUUUUGCUCCAGGCUUUUACCUAUUAAAGAUUAAUCACUAGCACAUGGAA